UAGGAAUCCAGUCCAAAUGUUUUCCAUAUUAGUUCAGAACCUUCUCUGAUUUCAAAUAGCAGCCAGAGGUGGGUUUAUGGUAAGAGAAGGCAGAGAGGGGAAGGGAAGGGAAGAGAGGGAGACUACAGGCGGGCUCAUACACAGCAAACAGUAAAAGUCGUGUAGAGAGACAGGAAAAGAAAGUAAAGGCAGAAAGAGAAAUGGGACAGGGACAGAAAGAUUCCUCAGACAAGAAGGAGGGCAAGAAGAAGAGAGAUGACAGCCCAACACCAGACGAUGGCCAUAAGUGCAGAGUCUGUCGUUUCCCUCUGCUCAUCGCCCUGCUCCAGCUGCUAUUGGGGGUGGCUGUCACAGCCGUGGCCUUCCUUAUGUUGGCUAUCAGCCCCUCACUUUUGGCCAGGGAGACUCCACACUGGGCUGGGAUCAUUUUGUGUUUAGUUUCCAUCCUGGGCUUUGUCCUGUACUGUAUCACCUACCUCCCUGAUGAGAGAACAUCUAAGCAAUUCAUUGUCAAGCUCCUGUAUUUUGUCCUGUGCAUGAUUGGCCUGGUCAUCUCUGUGCUGGUCAUGGCAUUUGCUGCACACCACUGUGAGCAGACCACUGACUUCAUCUGUAAGCAGGAGGGAGAAGAAUGCAGGUGUAGACUCAAUGAAGAUGACCCAAUAGCACGCACCUUCACUUAUGAGGGAGUCAGUGACUGUGAGGUGAUCACUGGUACACUCACACUCUACUUCCUGAUCCAGAUCAUCCUCAAUCUGGCCCAAGCAAUUGUCUGUGCUGUUGGUGCCUUCAUCAUGUGGAAGCACCGCUAUCAGGCCUUCUUUGCGGGUCUUCAGAUUGGCUCUCUGUCGAUGCAGCAGUGGCAGAAAGUUUAGCGUGAUGAUGGCAGAGCUUAUGGGGUGACACUGGUCAGUGAGAUUAAGACAGAGUGUGACUGCACUCUGACGGACUGGGAUAUUUGCCUUUUUGUGUGCCUUAGCUUGUUUUCUGUCAGCAUUUCUGUCAGCCAAUCACAUGGCAGGAGCUCAAUUCAUUCGAGCUAGUCGUUGCACCAGCUUUGUAACAGCUUUUUGCACAAAUUUUGUAUUUUGCAUAAGUACCUUUGUACUUCCAGUUGCUGAUUGUUAAUAUUUAAAAAGAAGUUGUAAAGGCAAAAGCAACUAUUUGUGUUUCAUAAUCAUUUUCAGUGUUUUUACUUAUAUUACAUUUUGCUCUUGUGACAUACAUCUCAUUCACAGUGCUAGAAAGUUCCUAAUCACAACACUGAAACCAAACCAAACACUCUGGGGGCACACACUGAAUUACUGUGUUCAAUUAGUAAAUUAAAUUGCCUCAAGAUUUAACAGUUUUCCCAUAGUGGCAAGGUCAAAUGUUACAUUAG